ACACUGAGGGGGUCGCAUUCCUGCCUUCACCUUUGUGGCUGAGCGGGCCGCGGUUCGGAUCCGGUCUUUCCAGCCCCGAGAGGGACCUGGUGCCUCUACCCAGGAUUUUGUCGCUCUGUCACCUGCGCUAUGCCCUGCUGUAGUCACAGGAGGUGUAGAGAGGACCCCGGGACAUCUGAAAGCCAGGAAAUGAUGUUUCAGGACCCAGUGGCCUUUGAGGAUGUGGCUGUGAACUUCACCCAGGAGGAGUGGGCUUUGCUGGAUAUUUUUCAGAAGAAUCUCUACAGGGAAGUGAUGCUGGAAACUUUCAGGAACUUAACCUCUAUAGGAAAAAGUUGGAAAGACCAGAACAUUGAAUAUGAGUACCAAAACCCCAGGAGAAACUUCAGGAGUCUCAUAGAAGAGAAAGUCAAUGAAAUUAAAGAAGACAGUCAUUGUGAAGAAACUUUUACCCAGGUUCCACAAGACAGGCUGAACUUCCAGGAGAAGCAAACUUCUCCUGAAGUAAAAUCAUGUGACAGCUUUGUGUGUGGAGAAGUUGGCACAGGUAACUCAUCUUUUAAUAUGAACAUCAGAGGUGACAUUGGACACAAAGCAUAUGAGUAUGAGGAAUAUGGACUGAAGCCAUGUAAGUGUCAACAACCUAAAAAAGCCUUCAGAUAUCACCCCUCCUUUAGAGCACAAGAAAGGGAUCACACUGGAGAGAAACCCUAUGCUUGUAAAGAAUGUGGAAAAACCUUGAUAUCCCAUUCAAGCAUUCAAAGACACAUGAUAAUGCACAGUGGGGAUGGGCCUUAUAAAUGUAAAUUUUGUGGGAAAGCCUUCCAUUGUCUCAGUUUAUAUCUUAUCCAUGAAAGAACACACACUGGAGAGAAACCAUAUGAAUGUAAACAAUGUGGUAAAUUCUUCAGUUAUUCUGCUGCCCUUCAAAUACAUAAAAGAACUCACACUGGAGAAAAGCCUUAUGAAUGUCAGGAAUGUGGGAAAGCAUUUCAUAGUCCCAGAUGCUGUCGUAGACAUGAAAUGAUUCACAUGGGAGAGAAGUCUUAUCAAUGUAAGGAAUGUGGGAAAGCAUUCACGUGUCCCCAUUAUGUUCGUAGACAUGAAAGGACCCACUCUGGAAAAAAACCCUAUGAAUGUAAGCAGUGUGGGAAAGCAUUAUCCUCUCUUCCAAGUUUUCAAACACACGUAAGAAUGCACUCUGGAGAAAGACCUUAUGAAUGUAAGAUAUGUGGGAAAGGCUUUUGUUCUGCCAAUUCAUUUCAAAGACAUGAAAAAACUCACAGUGGAGAGAAACCCUAUAAAUGCAUGCAAUGUGGUAAAGCCUUCAUUCAUUCCAGUUCCCUUCGAUAUCAUGAAAGGACUCACACUGGAGAGAAACCCUAUGAAUGUAAGCAAUGUGGGAAAUCCUUCAGAUCUGCCUCACACCUUCGAUUGCAUGGUAGGACUCACACUGGAGAGAAACCCUAUGAAUGUAAGGAAUGUGGGAAAGCCUUCAGAUCUAUGAAGAACCUUCAAAGUCAUGAAAGGACACAAGCACACAUAAGAAUACACUCCGGAGAAAGACCUUAUAAAUGUAAGAUAUGUGGGAAAGGCUUUUAUUGUCCCAAAUCGUUUCAAAGACAUGAAAAAACUCACACUGGAGAGAAACUCUAUGAAUGCAAGCAAUGUGGUGAAGCCUUCAGUAGUUCCAGUUCCUUUCGAUAUCAUGAAAGGACUCACACUGGAGAGAAACCCUAUAAAUGCAAGCAAUGUGGGAAAGCCUUCAGAGCUGCCUCAGUCCUUCGAAUGCAUGGUAGGACUCAUCCUGAAGAGAAACCCUAUGAGUGUAACCAAUGAGGGAAAGCCUUCAGAUGUGCCUCACACUUUUGAGUGUGUGGUAGGAGACACAACAGAGAGAAACCCUAUGAAUGUAAGGAAUGUGGGAUACCCUUCAGAUCUGCCAAGAACCUUCGAAUUCCUGAAAGGACACAAGCAUACAUAAGAGCGCACACUGGAUAGCUGAACAAAAGGCAGCAGAAACUUCUGCAGACUUAAACAUCCCUGUCUGACAGCUUUAAAGAGAGUAGUGGUCCUCCCCGCACAGAGUUUGAGAUCUGAGAACAGACAGUCUGCUUCCUCCAGUGGGUCCCUGAGCCCCGAGUAGCCUAACUGGGAAGCACCUCCCAGUAGGGGCCGACUGACACCUCAUACGGCCGGGUGCCCCUUUGUGACGAAGCUUCCAGAGGAAGGAUCAGGGAGCAACAUUUGCUGUUCUGCAAUAUUUGCUGUUCUGCAACCUCUGCUGGUGAUACCCAGGCAAACAGGGUCUGGAGUGGACCUCCAGCAAACUCCAACAGACCUCAGCUGAGGGUCCUGACUGUUAAAAGGAAAACUAACAGAAAGGACAUCCACACCAAAACCCAUCUGUACAUCACCAUUGUCAAAGACCAAAGGUAGAUAAAACCACAAAGAUGGGGAGAAACCAGAGCAGAAAAGCUGAAAAUUCUAAACAUCAGAGCGCCUCUUCUCCUCCAAAGGAACACAGCUCCUCACCAGCAAUGGAACAAAGCUGGAUGGAGAAUAACUUUGACGAGUUGAGAGAAGAAGGCUUCAGACGAUCGGUAAUAACAGACUUCUCCAAGCUAAAGGAGGAUGUUUGAACCCAUUGCAAAGAAGCUAAAAACCUUGAAAAAAGAUUAGAUGAAUGGCUAGCUAGAAUAAACAGAAUAGAGAAGACUUUAAAUGACCUGAUGGAGCUGCAAACCAUGGCAUGAGAACUACGUGACACAUGUACAAGCUUCAGUGGCCAAUUCGAUCAAGUGGAAGAAAGGGUAUCAGUGAAGAUCAAAUGAAUGAAAUGAAGUGAGAAGU